CUCCACAAGCAUACUUGGCACGUAGCCAUACUUAUAAAAGAGCAGCACACAUGCGCGAGAAAUUUGGCUUGACUGGCAUCAUUGGAAUAGCUUCUUUCAGUACCCGCUGGUGCUCGCGAUUUUGGCUAGCGAACCAUCGUUGCAGAUAGUUGAUCAUUUGACACGUUCAAACUAUUGAACAUACAUUUGUACCAUUUUUGCGUGAUAAAUAAAAUAACAAGAAAGAAAUGGCAACCACAAUGGUAACCGCUGCGCUGGCUCAGGAGAAGGUAUGGCUCGACAAACCAUCCUACGACAAAGCGGAACGACAAUACUUCGAGAAAAUGGCCAAGCUUGGAACAUGUUUUAAGGUGAUGUCUCGUAAGGUUGUGGGAGGCUGCACGCUUAAAUGUGACAAUUCUAUAACCGAUAAGUGCCAAGAUUUAAUAAGUACUAGCACUCUCAAGUCUAAGGCCGAGAAAUCUAAGAACAACAAAUCGCUAGCUUUCGAGAACGAGAAUGAGAAUGCGAAACGUUCCAAAUGCCAAGCUAGAAACACGAAAACCAAUAAUAAAGAAGUUGUAGACGUGUGUAAUAUGCAAAACAAGCAAAAUAUAAUGGCGAGUGAGAAAUUCGAUAACGCGAAAGAGAAGGAGAGCGUUUCUGCAAACGGGAAGGCCAAAAAAUAUAACGCGAAGGAGGCUAAGGAGAAAAAGAAUAAAGAAGAUACUAAAAACAAGAACAGAGCAAGCGGAGGAAAUGAUAUGGGCGGAAAUAAAGAAAUUUCAAUGCCAUUCGCGAGGAAUAAAGAACAAUUGCCCGAGCAGGGAACUCAACAGUCCAAUUCCGCAAUCUUACCUACUGUUGUUGGAAGUUUGGCCAGCGAGGUCGCCAAGGCUCGUCAGCAUAUUAAACAGUCUUUACAGUGUAUGGACGAUGUUAUAGCGCUCACUGAUAUGUCACAUCAAGACGUUACACCACGUAUAGAAAGUCUUGAAAAACAUAAUAAAGAUCUACAGGACGUCGUUCAAGAUUUGGAAGCUGUACUGGAUAAAUUGGAGAAACGCGUGACAAGUCUCGAACAGCGCAUCCCUUACUUAGCGAUUUGUCCCGCGAAACCCGCAAGCGUCGAAGAAAAAGCGCCGGAGAAAGACGAGGAUAACGAAGAUGUUGAUUUGUUUGGUUCAGAUUCAGAGGGAGAUGAUGCAGAGGCUGCUAAGAUUAGGGAAGAACGACUCGCCGCAUACGCUGCCAAAAAGUCUAAAAAACCAGCAUUAAUAGCUAAAUCAAACAUCAUCCUUGAUGUGAAACCGUGGGACGACGAAACAGACAUGAAGGAAAUGGAAAAUGAAGUGCGAAAAAUCGAGACUGACGGUUUGCUUUGGGGUGCAUCUAAACUCGUACCACUCGCCUUCGGAAUUCACAAGCUACAGAUAUCGUGCGUCGUAGAAGAUGACAAAGUAUCGGUUGACUGGUUGACAGAGAAGAUACAAGAAAUAGAAGAUUACGUGCAAAGCGUUGAUAUCGCAGCUUUCAACAAAGUGUAAACGAAUUAAAUGAGCUAGAAAAUACGUGGCAGCGUAGUCGGAAA